CUUGUAUAUGGAUGUGUAGGUUUACCUUACUGCACUCACACACUCACUGCUCCUCUCUGCUUUGGCGGCUUUGGGUGCGGCCCGCUCCACACCACACCCGACCGCCAAGACACACAUGCGCACCACGAGCACACUAAGGUCGAUCCGGUGCAUCCGCGGUGACUUACUACUGACUUGACGCCACAUUUGUGGUCCACCAUUCAUCUACAGGCUUCCUUCUGUCAUCCAGCGGUUUUGCUGAGCGGCCCGUGACACGCCCACCCACCCACUCAGGCACACACAUACGCACCAGGAGCACACACUGCCUCUUCUGAUUUGGAGUCGACCCCUUCUCCUACUGCGACACGAUGCACAGCCUUCUCCUGCUGCGCAGGAGCACUGCUCUUUCCCCCGCUGUUUUUCGUCGCUGGCCGCCUUUUCCAGCCUCCGCCGGACACCGCCACUGCGCUUUCGGCCCAUCCAUCCCAUCGACAACUCCUUGUACCGCCGCACACCUCAUCUACAUGUGUGAAUGUACCUGCCUGCACUGGCCAGCUGGCCUAGUCAGAAACCCUCACAUACGUAUCCAUGUGUCUAUCGGGCAGAGAGAGCAUCUCACUCACAACCAGCCACCUCCACACACAGACACACACACACACAUACACACACCACACACCACACACCACACACACACACACACACACACAUAUGGUGUGUCCAUCGGUGCGUAUACAUGUGUGUGUGUGUGCGUGCGUGCAUCGUGCACUGAUGUGUGGCACUUGCUUACACAUACAAUACACAUACACAUACACAUUCACAUACACUUACUUGCACCAUCCACCCCCCACACACACCUCACCCCCUCUCUGUGUCUCCUAUGCGUGCGUCUGUGCCGUGUGUGAACGUAAGGUCAGUGGACAGCUGCUUGUGAGUGUGUGUGUGUGUGUUUCUUUUCCGUGGGUUUGUUGCCGCCUCUGUGUGUUUCUUUUCCGUGUGUGUGUGUGUGUGUGUUCCGCCUCUGUGCCGUGCCGCUUGGCACAUAGCGGUUUCAUCGGCGUUGAUUGAAAACAUGCGGUUGUAAUAUUGAAUGAUUUAGAUCAGUGAGUGAUAAGUGCCUCCAUAGCUCAUGUCGCGGAAGAUCUGGCCGGCGAGGGUCGCCGCCGCCGUUUCCAGUGACAACAGAAGAGCAAUUUGUUCGAUGAAAACAUCGAACGGUGUUUGGAUGCGCCUGUGGUACUCGAGCGACGCACCUCCAAGAUCUGAUCUACCAACACCAGCCUGCAACAGCAAAGGCACAAGCAUUAUCUCCGGUCCAUCCAUCACGUAAUCCAUCCUUGUCUGUCGCCCGUCCACUUCCAUCGCCAAGUCUGCCUUCCGCGCCCAGUGCUACCCUCGGGCGCCAGAUCUUAGUAGAUCAUAUCAGAGAGAGAUCGUCAAAUCGGAUUUAAAUGGGGAGAAUGGCGAGAAUCCGAGACGCGGGAGACGGGGGCCUUUCCCGCCUAAAAUCGCAUCAAGGCCGGCAUUCUCAGCUCCCUGAACCCGCCCGUGCUGCAGCGACGGGCGGUCGCACAGCAACGCAGCAACAGCAGCAACAGCAGAGUACCACCCGUCGGCGUCAAGAGGAGCGCAGCAGUCCCCUGGCUUCCCACGCCAUACAUUUAAUUUAGUGCAUCAGCGAGCAGCACCACGAUGGCCACCCACCCCAUCCUCACCACACACGACGGCCAACAGGUGGAGCUGUCCCACCGGCUCGGCGAGGGCUCCCGUGCCAUCGUCAGGGCAGGCCUGGUGAAUGGGGAAUGGCGGGCCUUCAAGAUUGCGGUUUUCGACAACGACAGCCCUAUAUGGCGGGACUGCCCUGAGGGAGAUGGAGGUCGAGAGGCAGCGCAUGGCCAUGGUGCAGGCCAAGAGGGAGAGGGAGGGGAAGGAGCUGAAGCCGUUUCUGCGGCUAUACGGAUGCGCCACCAGCCUCCAAGACGGCGCCAUGUAUCGCGAGUCGGCUGACACAGCCCUGAAGCCCUGCCUGUACAUAGAGAUGCAGCCACUCAACGGUGAGCAUCAAAAGGAGGGGGGCUGCACUCCAUCAGUGUACUCAUUCACGGCGUCUUUCUUUGUCUUGUCUUGACGCUGUCAGACCCCACGCAGCCACCCGACUACGUCAGCCUGAGGGAGUUGAUUUGGGAUAUGCACUAUGCCGGUGUUGCUUAUGACUAA